AUGGGAAACAGCAGUUCGUUGAUGCUGCGCGACGAGGAGAUCGAAGAGAUCAUGGAGGAGACCGAAUGUGAGCCUUCCCCCCUCAAAUCAGUUUUUCACCAAUUCACAUUGUUUUCAGUCAACAGAAACCAGAUCGUCCGACUUUACAGCAGAUUCUUAUCACUUGACAAAAAAGGUGACUUGUUCGUCCUCUCAAACUCUUCAAUAUAAAUUGAAAUGUUCAGGACAGGGAUACCUUUCCCGAGACGACUUUCUCAAUGUACCCGAGCUGGCGGUGAACCCUCUCGGCGACCGAAUCGUCGACGCCUUCUUCACUUUGGCGUAAGCGUUAGUUUCGUUGUCGCGGUGAACCGUUCGAAAUUGCAGUUCCUCCAACGGUGACAUGGAAGAACAGCAGCUGAAUUUCCGCCAAUUCGUGCGAAUUCUCGCCCACUUCCAGCCGAUUUCCAGAGCAAAAAAGAACGCGCUCAACUCGCGAAAGGAAAAAUUGCUGUGUAAGUCAAUCUGCAAACAAACCAACCAAUCAAACGGGCUCGUUUAAGUUGCGUUCAAAAUGUACGACCUGAACAAGAACAACUACAUCACGCGGGAAGAGUUCAAAGUGAUACUGAACAGUAUGGUCGGAGCCAAUAUCACGUCGGAUCAACUCGAUAAGAUUGCCGACCGAACUAUCGACGAGGCAGAUGCGGACCGGGACGGAAAGAUUUCGUUUGAGGAGUUCUGCAGGGCGAUGGAAAAGACGGAUAUCGAGGAGAAAAUGUCGAUCCGAUUCCUGAAUUAG